AUGGACCCAGACAUCACGCUGUAUACCGCCCCGACAGCCAACGGCAUUAAAAUCUCCAUCGCCCUCGAGGAGCUAGGAAUCCCAUACAAAGCAAAACAUCUCACCCUCCCCCAACGCAGCGAAGAAUGGUACCUCCAGAUCCAUCCCAACGCCCAGAUUCCCGCCCUGGUCGAUAAUUCCGGCGACGGCGAGUCCAGCGUGCGCGUCUUCGAGUCCGGGAGUAUCCUGCUGUACCUUGCCGACAAGUACGAUCCAGAAUACAAGAUCAGUUAUCCGCGCGGGACUGCCGAAUGGACCGAAACGAUCAACUGGCUGUUCUUCCAGAAUGCCUCGCUUGGCCCGAUGCAGUCGCAGGCGGUUUAUUUCCUGCGCAAGGCCGCGGAUCGUAUCGAACCCGCCAUCCAGCGGUACGAAAGGGAGUUGCGCAGAGUAUACACCGUCGUCGAACGGCGUCUUGCCUCUUCCGCCUCGGGGUUCCUGGUCGGCGAUCACAUUUCUAUCGCGGAUAUCUCGCUCUGGGGACCUGUCAGGGGGUUGGAGAGGGCGGGAAUCGAUCUUGCUGAAUUUCCUCAUGUCGCGGCUUGGAAGGAGAAAUUGGCGAUGCGGGAGGGAGUUCAGAGGGGCAUCAGUGAUAGAUAG